GCAGAGAAGGGAUUCGUUCGAUUCGCGAAGAAGGACCCGUAGAGGGGAUGCGCCGAGUUACCCUCUUUAACGGGAGAAAGGGGGCGACCUCGAAGCCCUUCGCAUCCCUUGCUCGUCGCAUCGCUCUAUCCGCCGAGGUACUCGCGUCAGUUUCGCCGACGAUGGACUCGACCGGACGCGUUUCCACCGAUUUUCCUGCCCGCUAACCACCCUCGCAGCCGUUCCGCCGCCGAGAGAGCAACGCCGAGCGACACGCGACACCAUUUUUAUCGCGGCCGAGCAGUCGCGGGGCAAGAAGGCGUCCUCGAGCAGUCCGCGCGCUGGUCCGUCGUCCGGAGCUGGCCGAAGAUGUGGGGACGAGCUAGUAUGGCAGCCGUGAUGGUGCUCCUCUGUCUGGGCGUCCUCGACCUGGUCCGUUGCGAAGGGAGCGUCGCCGACCUCGGAUCCGGCGACGCCGAGGCGGAUAGCAUCCUGGAGCGAGGCACUGCAUGGCUGUGGAGCCAGCGCGACAAGGACGCCGGCUGGGGAAACGACACCCAUCGAGUCCUCCUGGUGAUCCGACUAGGGAACCUCUCCAAGGAGGACAACGUCGCCCCGCCGGUGCCGCUCGAGCUGCAGCUCAGCAGCAAGCAAAUGGAGCUCGAGAUCGUGCUGCUUCUCUGGAGGCACAGGGAGGUCGGCCUGUCGCCGGUGCGGCUGGCGCGCUACACGCUCGCGCUGAACGCGAUGUGCACGGACCCGAGACAGUUCCACGGCCACGACCUGAUCGGGACACUUCAGCAUCACGAGCCGCCGACCGACUACGAGUUCGCCCUGACUACCUUGGCAGCGUGUAACGCGCAAGCUCACGUUCGCAAGAGGCAGAUCCGCCGGCUGCUGGACAUCGCCAACGCCGCUCAGGACCACAACGUCGACACGGUGGCGAUGGUGAUCCUGGCGAUGAAGUGCAUCGUGCAGGACCACAGACACCGCAACCUGCACCACUUCAUGCGCACGCCGUCGAUCGGGCUGGCGCAACAGCAGAGGCUGGACGGCAGCUUCGGGGACCUGAGGACCACGGCCCUGGUGAUGCAGGCUCUGGAGGAGGCGGAGAACGAGCCCGCGGAUAACUGGAACAGGUCCGCCGUGUUGGCUUGGCUGACCAGCCAGCAGAGGCCGGACGGCUCUUUCGGCGGCGAUGUCAAGGCCACCGCGGAGGCGCUGCUCGGGGUCACCCCGCGGGGCCUGUCCAGCAUCAGGACGCUGGACUGCGGACAGGGUCUGGCCGACACGUCGCCUCCCAGGCUCACCACCGUCGGCAACGGCAGCGGCAACGGGAUCAACGCGAACGGGAACACCAACGAGCCGACGAUAUCGAGCAACCACAGCGAGGUGUCCUCGGCGACGCUGGCGAGCAACCUGAACAACACCGCCGGGAACGGCGAGUAUGGGAGCAGCGGUAGCUCGGGGGUCGUCGGCAACGGCAACAGCAGCAACAGCAACAGCAACAACAGCAGCGGUGGCAACGGUAAGGCCGGUUACACCGGAUGGAAAGAGGCGAGCGCCGGGAACAACGCGUUGAACGGCAGCAACACGGACAGCGGGACGAUCGUCGGAACGACGGCGCCGGUUAUGGUGAACGUCUCGUACACCCUGUGGGUCGGCAGCAACGUGAACGAGACGUACAACCUGACCGUGACCGCUCCGAAGAACGAAACGUUCUACGAGGUGAUGCUCCUCGCGGCGGAGAUGUCGCCGCACUUUCAGUUCGUCGCGUUCGACUGGCCCAACGGGCAUUACCUUCACACGAUAGCCGGCUACAAGGAGGAGCCGCUCACUUAUCAUUUUUGGCUGCUGUAUCGGCUCCCUUCGCCGCCGGACCCUAGCUCGCCGCCGGGCAAUCAACUGGUUGCCCCUGGAGGCGUCGACGACCUGCAAAUCAGCGAGGGUGAGCACUAUCUGUUCUGGUACAGGAGACUGUAAAGUGCAACGAAACGUUUCGACGCUCGGUCGGGACUGUUUUUCAAGUAUUAAAUACAUAGAAAACGGAGACAUCGCGCGCGCGAGCGAGACGAACGAACCGAGAAAGAGAGAGAGAGAGAGAAAGAGAGAAAAAAAGAGAGA